AGUUGAGUAAUCCGGGUCUGCCAAUUGCAGCUGCCUAGCAACCGUACCUAGGUUAUCCCAAUAGCGCUAAAGGUAAACAAAGCCCAACAUCACUCGUUAGAAGUACAUAUACACCUGCUAUACCUACCGUGUGAUCCCAGUUUGAUCCACCGCCUCAUCGGCUAUCAAUGUGAAACAUUAUACGACAUGCUCUCGACACACCACAACCAAGAGAACCGCAUUCAUGACUACCAGGCAGCGGCUGCUGCAAAGUCACUUGACCAAAGCGUGAAGGGUCUUCGAGCAGGAACCCCAAAAAUCAAAGCUCCCAAAACGCCUUUCAAAGUACCAUUUUAUGAUGAGAAUGUCAUUCGAAAGGAUGGCAAGUCUGCAUUGAGGACAAAUGGCAGAGGAAACGAGAAUUUACUUUUCACGAGCAAGAAGGGAGGACUGCUUGGGAAAGACGCAUUCGUUACCCCAGCUGGCCCACGUAAUAGAGCUCCCUUGGGUAUGAAAACUACCAAUGCGAAGGCACAGGCAUUCCAGACACCUGCCCCUCUCACCAUCGACCCAAAGGCCACCAACAAGACACAGCAGAAGAGCAAGUCUCAAAGACUCCGCAGAUCCAAAGUCAAGGUUCUACACUCUGAAGAAGAAUCUUUGCUUGUUGGAGAAGACGACGACGACAAUGAUGAUGAUGAUGAUGAUGAGAGUGAAUAUAUGCCCCCCAAAGAGAAACCUCUUCCCGACUUACGCGAGAACUUCUCGCCUGAUCUUAACCUAGACAUGUUGAAGUGCGACUAUCCGACCCGCGGGAUGUAUUCGCAUUACUUCAACGCAGUAGACGAGAAUGGUUACCCGAAGGCGUGGCACGACGGAGAAAUAGAAGCAGCCGAAUAUGCUGGGAAAGCAGGUGAAAUUAUUGCUAGGGGCUGCGAAGACACUUUCGCCGAAGUCGACGAAAUCGUAAACGAACUUCGCCUAGAGAUGGGCAUUCAGCCCGGAUCGUCGACUAUCAAAGGGAACACGUCGACGAAUGCUAAAAAAACUAAGGUUGCACCGAAGAACGAGCAGACACGCGCGUCAACCAAACCACCGUCUGCCACUGCCAUUGCUGCGAGGAUUGCAGCAUCAGCUCUCUCGCAGCAGAAGACUAAGCCCGGCGUGCUCUAUUCCGUCUCGACCACAGCCCGUGAAUCAGCGACAAGGAAGCCUGCUCUCUCGGCCAUCAAGCAAGCGACAAUUCAUAACCUAGCUACGGCUGCGUCUAGAAACACGAUGGGAUAUUCCUCAGGUCGUGCCGUAGCAUCAGAUAUUCGUAUAUCAAGUACCCAAACUCAACUACGGAGCAAAGCUGGAUCAGCCUCCUCAACAAACAAGUUCGCACAUGCUCAUUCCUCAUCGCAGACCACUAUCGCACCCGUUAGACAUCACGGUAGCAACUAUACCAACGAGAAUUCUAACGCCGAACAAAAAGAGCGGUUUAAACCCUUCACAUACGCAGAGGAGACUAAGUGGCUGGAGAAUAUGGACAACAAAGCACUGGGAUGCACAGAGAACGGCGAGGAUCUUGAGGAAUGCAUGCGUGGACAUUUUCCUGACAGCCUACUACUUGGCAAUGAUGAUUUCGAAGAAUUUCACAUCGAAGUCGCCGACUUUUAGCUCCUGUCAAGACCUUGAACGCGCUAGGUUAAGCAUUUCUAGCAUACCUCUCACUGCUGCUCACUACGCCGAAUUACCCUUCGCAUGAUGCUUCAUUAAAUUAUUGGGCGUAGUGUGAUGUACCUAAAGGUGUACACAAGCCAGUCGACUAACAAGUUAGCGGAACUAAUAGUCGUAUGAAAGGAAGUGUCACGAAUGAUUUCUUAAAGACUAUUGUGCUUGUAUGGUAUGGUA